AGGCAACGAGGAGGUACGGACAGUAGCUCCCAGACAGUGACUCCGCGCGUAACGACGUGUAACCGGUGAUAUAGGAUCCUUUGGGUGUUAUGUCAUCGAUGACAAUUGUUCGACAGCUACCACGACCUCGUCGUUGAAUGUAUGGGCAAGACUAAGGGUGCCCCUGGCUAGUCUCCGGUGGGACGAAAUAUUUAGAGGUAAACUGAGAGAACCGGAGAACGGCGACUGCCUGGAAGCGGACCUUGAGGUCUCGGCCGUUUGAAACGCGGUGGAAAGGAUUAAAAGAAUUUCGAAGAGAGAGAUUUAGGGUGCGACGAGGUCGGCGCGACCAGCGUGCAAGCACCGAGUGUGAGAGCGAGUGAAACGUGGAGAGAAAUAGACCCGGCGAACGGAGUGAGAUAGGUUUGAGAGAAGCUCGAUGGGUCGAACAUAUUCAGUGCUGCCAGCCGUAAGCUCGACGGAGUCGACGCCACAAGCUCGAUGCAAAUCGACGUUGUAGAUGCCCCGAUGAAAAUCGACUUGCAUCGCGCCGCGGUUCGAUAACCGGAUGAACGUCGACCUCAACAAUGUCAAUGGCCCGAGGUUCGAUCAAGCUGACUUCGAAAUUCUCGUGGAUUUUUAUGUACGGCGAAUAUUUGGAGCGUGUGCAGUUAUUAGACGUUGCAACGCCGAAUAGAUAAACCGGUGUAAUUGAAAGUUAUUAGACAGGAACGAAAAAGCGGGUACAGUUGAAGGAAGAAGAAGUCGUUUCGGUGGACGAGUGGCAGAGUAAUAACCGCUCGUUGGAUGGAGUGAUGAGCGGGGCCCCUGCACGGGGCACAGCGCCCCGUCGUCAAAGACGUCACCAUCAUCAUCACCAUCACCAUCAUCAUCACCACCACCAUCACCAUCAUCAGAAACAUCACCAGGAGCAAGUCAGUGAGGACCGAUCAGAGGAACCGGACGAAAAACGGCCAAAGGUGAAUCCGAUAUUCCUCUGGGCGUCGCAACGCGAGCAGAGGAUCGUCGAGGUGAAAUGCGAGGAUUAUGAUAAACGAAAUCGUAUUAAGUUAACAAAGACGGCGCAAGGAUGGCGUUCGAUACCGAGGACCGCCUCCAACAUGUACUCGAUCGGGUUCGGUGUCGCGUCCCAAAAGACGUGCAGCGCGAACUCUUCGAAUACGUCCGACGCGAACGAAGAAAAAGGGAAACAAGUGGCACGCGUAACGACGAACGUUCAUCAGCAGCGUAUCCUUGGGGAAGAGCUGGCGAACGGACGUACGAACGGUUUGAUCGCCGCAGACGGCGAUGGAAAGAAGAGAAGUUGCGGUGAGUUUAACAGAAAGAGUAAACAUAGACACGGUUACGGUUUCCCGUUGGAGGAGAUGCGAAACUACGCGAGGAUCAAUUGGGACGAAGACCAACCAAGUGCCGCGUCGUGUUCCGAGGAGGAGGACGAAGUGGAGGAAGAUGAGGAGGGUGAUGAGAACAAGGCGGAGGAGGAAGCAGCGAGAUGCAACGCGAGGAAUAACCUUGAAAGGUUGCAGGAGAACAAGUUGUUCCAGCCACGGGUAGUGCUGGAACAGCUACACCUUUCCCGAUUGCCCGGGGGUGUGUAUCGGAAUGCUCUUCAGAGACGGGAAAUCGUCGAGAAACAACAGGCCGAGGAUGAUAGUAUCACUGACGAGGAGAAAUCGACGAUGGAUAAUGAAAAACGAAGGCAUGUGAAUAAGUCAGGUAUUCAGGAUAUACUGAACAUGAUCGAUGUCACUGCUUCGCCGGUUUUAGCCACCGAUACACCUACUGCCGAUCUGCCCGUCGAUUCAACAAAAACAUACGAGAUUCUCAACGAGAACUUCCAUGGCAAAGCGACUGCGAGCGAGAGCGAAAUCAAAGAUUCGAACUCUGCAGUGCUGAUGGAGCUAGAGGAACAAAGGAGAUCGAACGUGAUCUCGAUUUUUCGACAGGAAGACAUCGAUGAGAAUCUUGCUGACGAUAAGAUAGAGAUACACGAGGAGAAGGUCCUCGCGAACUACGAAAUCGUGGGAAUUGAAGAGAAGCCUGGACUAAAAAACGAUGUCGUCUACGUUUCUGUAAUAAGUAAGACUCCUGAGUCGUGUAAAAUCGCCGAGGCGGAUGGUGGUGUCGGCAAGCGACCGAAGUGUAAAUCGAGUUCCAACACUAAGUGGCAAAGUAUCGAAGUCGAUGACGAUGCGCGACUGGAAGCUACAGAGGAACGACCCGAUGAGCCAGGGGAGCCGGCGAAGAUGGAUUACAAUGACAGUUCAAAGAUCCUGGAUGCGCUGAGAAAAACCCCGGGUCUUUCAAUAUCCGUUACCAGGAUCCACACGCCGGAGGAUACUAAAAUCUCGGCAACGCCGUCGAGACCAGCCUCUAAGGCAUCGUCGUCGAGUAGAUCCCCGGAUUCCCAGGCGGAGUGCGUGGAAAGGUUGUUGAAGAAUGUGGAUUCAGUCACGGAAACGAGGGAUACAGCGGCUUCUCCGAAAAACCUUCCCGGUUUGUCUAUCAUCAUACCCAGUUACCGGUACCGAAGUUCUGUGGUGGUUACGAGCAAUGCAAUUUCUCCGAGCACCAAAUCACGUGUCGAGUCGCCGGAAAGUACGGUGAAUUUUACGAAGAACGAAGCUUACGUAUCUAAGCUGGACAGAUUUUCUCGCGAGGAGGUCGAGGACGAAAGGGAGAUUGAGGAGGAUGAUGAGGAUGAUUACGAUUCCCAGGUAUUGGAAGAUCUCAGGCAACAGAAAAACGAGUCUUUAGCCUGUGAGUCCGAUUAUUUCCACAAACAGGUCAGAAACAGCGAGGCCCAGGCGAAAAGCAGAUUCCAAGAUGUGGAACAUUUUGACGAACAAGUCCUGGAGGAACUCAGAACCCGUGGAACGGUCGUCUCGCCGCAACCAAGUGGAAUCCCAUGUUCUCCGGCUUCCAGGAGACCCUCUUCAGCCUACCUUGAGAGACUGUUGCCUAGUCCUCCCUGUUCCGUGUCCUGUUCUGAGGACGCGAGGAACGAUCUAACCUUGAAAGGUCUCCUGUCGUCGCCCAAUCAGUUGGAACUACGGGACUACGAGAAGCAAAAGGAUCUCUCGAGUCGUUGCGAUCAGGUGCCUAGCGAUCAUCUGCCUAUUCGUAUAGACCUCCCGAAGGACGAAGAUAAAGCUGGCAGUGCGAAGAAAAACGAGAACAGAACUUUCCAGGAGAGACUGAGCGUCCAAGAAGUAAAGAACUCGGGCAAGCCGAUUUCCAGCGGCGACAUCCACAACACGUAUCCCGUGGUGGAUCGUGCCACACUCAAGAGGCCAAUGUGUACCGAGUGGACAUCGAUGAAGCAGAAAAACCAAUCGAGUUCCUAUCAUCAGAAAUCAUCGGGGAAGGUGCGCAUGCACGCGAUGGAGGAAGCCUUCGCUACGUCCAGUAGCACCGACAAGCUCCUGGAUCCUGCUAGUCAGCUUAGAGAGUUGGUCGAAACUUCCGGCCAUUUAAUACCCGACCCGCUUUUGGUACCCAGGGACUAUCUGCCGGGUCUUGCGGCGGCUCCGGCCAUUGAAAUCCCGAAAUUGUUAGCUUCGAGGCCGGAGUUGAGGUUGCCGGAGGCGUUGACCCGACCGGAUCUUCUCAGGGAUCCAGAUUUACUAGUGAUAUCGUUGGCUCAUCUUCAGUACGUCCUCGAUCACGGCGAGGGCCCGGUCUCGCGAUCACGACAGUCCCAUACCAGGAGCAGCAUCAACGGCACUAACAAAGGGUCCGGUCACGCGAGCAACGAAACGAGGACCGCGUCGCAAACGAGACCGAAGCUAAGCUGCAAACCGAUCGGCACGCUAAUGCCGGCGCCGAUCGAUCUCUCCAGUAGUCGAAGAAAUAACAGCAACAACGCUGUUGUCUCAUAUCUGCCGCUGCUCAGGGUUAGAAACGGACUGCUUAAGCAGGAACCGGUAGUCAGUUCCACCGCCAAUUCGCCUGACGAAUCGCAACUCUGGCAUCCUCUGUUCAGCAGCCAGAAGAGGCAGCAGCAACAUCAUCAGCAUCAGCAUCAUCAUCAAUACCGUAACAACCAUCAGCAACAACAGCAGCUCCAGCAGCUCCAGCAUCAGCAGCAACAGCAGCAACACGCCUCUUGGCACAGGACCACUCUGGCGUCCUGACCAUCAUGAUUCUGACCAUAAUUACCAGUUGAAUAGUUCUGGCGCGAGAGGGAAUACAGUUCGGAAGGAGAAACGCUACUUCUUGCGGUCUCCGAGAAAGAAUCGCCGAGACCACUCAGAAACUCGGGAGGCAUCGUUCCACAUGGACGACUAGCCUUGAUCAUCCACUCUGAUCUAUUAUACUCUUCGGCAAAGAUUUCAACUUUGACCAUUAUUGUUACACAGACUCCCUGGGCUUCAUAGAAGAUCGCCGCUUCACUCGUCAUGAUAUUUUCUCUAUAAACAGAGAUUUUUCUCUCUAUCUUCCUUCAUCCCGUGAGUCCUUUUCUUUUUUCGCGUGUGCAGUCGUUUUCAUAUAAUUUCUGUCGAUACCGCGCGGAAAACUGCGACGCUUACCCUUAAUUCAGCUGGACCAAGUUCAUUCCCAGUACACAUGUAAUGUGUAAAGUGUCUGUCGCUAAAUUAUUUGUACAAAACUUCGUACUUCGUAAAAGGUGAGUGACACACGAAUCGACAGUCCAAUGUGCAAGCGCCGUGACGAGACGAAGUUUCUGAUGUCGUAUAUAUUACUCGAGUAUCUUUCUAUUUCACAAUAUUUAUUAAAAAAAAAAUUGUUUAUCACAAACCACAACAAUUAAUUGUAUAUUAAUACAACAAAUCAUAGAAUUCUACGAUCAGAAUUGAAUUGGACUCUGCACGCGAUUCGAUUUUUAUUUAAGUGCAAUAGUAGAACUGUGUGUGACUCACUUGUUCCUUUUAAAAGAAGUAGAUCGAUCCGUUCGUAUAGCGAGUAGCUGAAGGUAGUUAACCGCAAAGCGAUAGAGCGUUAAGAUUUUGAUAGAGAUAUGAGAGAAGAGAACGGUAUGUAAAUAAAACGCGCGUACAUUUUCGCGUUGCGCAAAAGUAAGUGCAAUGUAUCAUAAACGGAGGUAAUUUCACAGAAUUCCGACGGAACUGUACGAUACGUAUCUGUAGACGAGACUAUACAUGAAGAUACACGUUGUCUUUGGAGCACAGUGAGAUCUUUGUUUCGUUUUGAAUAACUUCACGUUCGUUCACAUGAUACCUCUAUCCUCGUUACGAUUUCCAAGCAACGAGCACAUUGGAAAAUUAUUUAUUCAUUGAUCUUGCUUAUUAAACAUUUAAAUAAUUUAAUGAUUAACUGGCACCAUGAUGAUUAUUUAGUGGCGCGUCAUACAUGAAAACCAUUAAUCUAUCAUAAUAGAAGAAAAAUGUUUCUAAUGAAUUAUAAAAUGGUUCUCGUUGAUUGUUUAAUUCAAACUGAGUUUUAUAUUUUGUUUCAUUGUUUUCUUUGAAUUUACGAUUGAUUUUUGUAUUAUUGUUAUUCAGUCGUUGUUGCAAUUAUUUCAUACUGAAUUAUAUUGUCGCAUAUAUACGAUAAGCGACGAAACGUGCAAUAGCUUUUAAUUCGAUCAUUUCAUACGAAUCGUCACGGCGAUCGUGAGUUCUUCUCACGAUUCAAUAAAUACGAUACGAGGAAAUGUUAGCAUGCUGCGUCUCAGCCGAGUUUACAUGCAACAAGUGAGACAUGCAGAUCGCGCCUACAUUUAUGCAAAUUAAUGAUGAAAAUUAAUUCACCGCACGUAUAAUUCCAAUUGUUUAAGUCGAGAACGUUGCUAGAGUAUCCUGAAGAAAGGAUUAGAUGCACGUGACGAAGUUUUAACACGAUUUAUGAGAAGUGUAUCAUUUCGAAGGUAUCGCGCUUGAAAAUCAAUAAAGCCGGUGCUUUCGUAUCGCUAGUCACGAAGAACUUAAUAUAGAUACGUGACCAAUUAGGUCACAUCCAUUUUUUAUAGCUACGUCCGCUCAGGCUUAAAUCACUUAUCGUUAAAAGCGUGAAACAUGUUGAUUAACGAUUUAAUAAAUUAAGUGAGAGACAUAUCACAGCAGUCACUAAUUUAAUUAAACAUCUGAUAGAUAUUAACAUCUUAUCUCAAUGUACACAUUCCUACUUGUAAACUCGGCUCUGACAAUAUCAUCUAAAGUGUUAAGAGAAUAUCUAUAAUUAUGACUGCGUAUCAAAAGGAAGAAGAUAGGAAGAAUGUGACUACGCGCGUCUGGAACGACGGAAAACGGGUGCUAUUCGAUAUUUAAACGAAAAGAAAACAAUAAAUUAUUUCGGCGGACGUAAGACACGAAAAAAACGUAUGUAAGUAGAUCCUUUUAGGUAGAAAAAAUAUUUUACAUAAUGUAUACACGCAUACAAGAGACACGCGAAUGUAUGUACCGUGUAAUAAAAUAUCCACGAUCGAGUGUACUUCUGCAAACACGAAAAGCGACCCUUUAAAUAAUUCUCGAACACUUAUCGAUACUUUACGAACUUUAAUCUUUUGAAAUAUACAUCUUGCCUUCGAAAACUUUAUCCUUUAAACUACGAAAAUUCCGUACAUUAUUAAACAGGAUGAUUUCUGUACGAUUCUCAGGUCUCGAAUCAAAACGAAUCUGAUUACGUGCGUCUACUUUCCUUGAACCGUCACGUAUGCAUGCUAAUAAAAUUAUUCGAAUCCGUUUAAACGGGUUAUUACCUCAUAACUUUCAAACGGACUGAAUUGGAGCACGUUUAACGAUUCGUUUAAGUACACGAGAAAUUGUUGACGUGAAUAUUAGUUUCUUAAAACUAUCUUUGUGUACGUAUGUAUACAACUACACGAGAAUGUUCACGAAUAGCGAGACGACGUAUAUCGAAAACGGUGACCGUUGUCAAAGAGAAUUUGUAGAACACGACUGCUGCAAAAGUGAAAUAACGAGAAGACGAGACCGGACAUUUGUACGAAUGCAUGCGAGGUUUCAAUAAACGGAAUUGUAUACUAUUGAUAGUCGUGUCCAAAAUA